UUGCCCUCACAUUCAUAUACAUCCAUCGCGCUCUCUCUCUCUUUCUCUCUUCCUUUCUUUAUUUACUUUCUCUCUCCGCUACACUGUCUUCCAACUCAUCACUCAGCAAUAAUCCCCAAAACCCAGGAAGCAUUGAAUUGAAGAAUGAAGAGGUGAUCACCUUUUUAAAGUCCCUUGAAAUCUGUGAUUUUAGUUUGGAGUUUUGCGUAGGCACAGAAGGGUAGUUUCUGGGUUUUCACAACACUUUUGUGUUGCCUUUUUUUGGUUGGUGUUUUCUGGGGGAUUUCUACUACUGAACUAGUCAGGGCACCCAUUUGAGAAAAACUUUGAAAAAAGGAUUUUCUUUUCGAAGGUUAUUCUCUUACACUUUUUUUUUUUAACCAUUUUGAUUCCCAAGGAAGCAAUUUUUUUUUCCUCAAAAACAAACAGUCCUUUUUGUUCUUAUCUAUAUAUUGUGGGAGGCGGGUUUUUGUUGUUCAAGUUUUUUGAGUUGGGUUUUUGGGAGCUAAUAAGCAAUGGCUAGUGGGUAUUCAAUGAGAGAUGAAGAUUUUCAAGAAGAAGAUGUGUGGGGCGUUAUGAAGGAAAGAUCAGAAGAUUUAAGCCCAAAGGCGAGAAAAGUGAGGGACUACUCAUUUGGUUCAACAUCUACUCCAAGAAUGAUCAUCCCAAGGGCUAACAACAGUGAGGCAAAGAUGGCUCAUCAGCAAUCAUCAGCUCCUGUGAACAUCCCUGACUGGUCAAAGAUUUAUAGGAAGAACAACAAGAACUCAAAGAAAGGUUCAUGGGUUGAUGAUGGUGGUGAUGAUGGAGAUGAUGUUGAUGAUUAUGAUUAUGAUUAUGAUGAUGAGAUGGUCCCACCACAUGAAUAUGUUGCCAAGAAGCUUGCAAGAAGUCAGAUCUCUUCACACUCCAUGUGUGAAGGGAUUGGAAGGACCCUCAAAGGAAGAGACCUCAGCAAAGUUAGGAAUGCCAUCUUAACCAAAACUGGUUUCUUAGAGUGAUCUCUCUCUGCCUAUAGCACUACCACCGUCUUCAUCAUCAUCACCAUCAUUAUCAUCAUCACUAUCAUCAUCAUCACCAUCAACAUCAUUUUGUGGAAUCAUAACCACCAUUGAAUCAUCUUCAUAUGUCAUUGUCAUCAUGUUCAUCAUAAUCUUCAUCCUCUGCCAGUAAGGGUCCCAUUUAAUCAUUUUUUUUUUUACUUUUACCAUUAAUUAUUACAUAUAGCAGCAUGUAACAGCAAUGGUAGAGGGCCCAAAUUUUGUGGCUCAAAUGUGGUUCAAAUGGCUAAAACGACGUCGUUUUGAGUACAAAACAACAUCAAAAUGGCCAAAGCGACGUCGUUUUAGCCAUUUAAGCCAUAUUUGAGCCACAGAAUUAGUACCCCAAACAUUUCUCAGCAUUGUACUGGGGUGGGUAGAGCUAUAUGGCAUUGGAGUUUAAAAGUUGUCAGAGCUGCUAUUUUUGAGUUUUGGAUUUUUUUUCUAUUUUUCCCUUUAGGGGUAAAAAGAAAAAAGAAAAAAGAAAAAGAAAUCUCUUGGCAGCCUCUGAAAUUUUGUCAGGAAAUUCAAAUGUUCUAUUGCAGAUGGAAUGCAACUGUCUCAGGAUAUUUAUAUGAAGUAAAAUUAGUUUAUCAUUGCAUUUAAA